AAAAAUUUCAAUUAAACAAAAAAAAAUUUUUUUUCAAAAAUUUAUUAAAAAAAAGUAUUAUCAAAAAGAAAUAUAAAUAAAAAGAGAAGAGGAAGAAAAUAAUUCAAAUAAAAUAAAAUGAAAUUGUGUGAAUUAAGUGUAUACACGUCUACAUAUACCAAUACAAUAAAUACAACUACAAAUACAAAACGUAGCUAUAAUAAAUGUAUGUCUAAAACAAAAUCUUCAACAUCAUCGUUGUUGUUUUCAAACUCUUCUUCGUCGUCGUCGUUGUUGUCGUCUUCUUCAUCAUCAACAUCAUCAUCAUCGUCGUAGUCGUCGUCAUCGUCGUCACCGAUGUUGUGUUUAUAUAAAUGUAUAAUUGAAAAUAAUUUAUGAAUGAAUUAAAGAAAGAUAGAAGAGAAAAAAAAUAAUUCACAAAAUCACCAACAAUAACAAUAACAACACUGUCUCAUUAUCAUAAAUAUGUAGUAGUAUGUUAAAAAAACAAAUAAUUUAAACAAAAUCACUUUAAAUUUUGCAAUUUAUAUUACAAUUUUAUAAGAAUUAUAAAAAAAGAAAUAAUUAUUUACAAUUUUUUUUUUGAAGAAGUGCAACUGUGUGUUUUAAAAAUUAUAAAUCCAAGAAAACGAAAAACAUAAAUUAUUUCUUCAUACAUACUUCUUACUCAUAGAUAUACACAAACAACAACAGCAACAACAAAUAAACAUUAUAAAAACAUACAUUUAUAAAUAAUACAUACAACAACAAAAACAUCUAAUAGUAAAAGAAAAGAAAAUACUUAAAAAAAACGUAUCUAUGUUUGUUUGUUUGAAUGUAUGAAAUGUAAGUUUUCUUUACAUACAUACAUAUGUACAUAUCUGCUAUUUAGAUAGUUGUAUAUGAAUCUUAAAUAAGAAACCAACAAAAAUAAAAACAACAGCUACAGCAACAACAACAACAACAACAACCAGCAGCGGCAUAUUCAACCAUCUGUCAUUUCCUGUCUGGAUUUUGUGUGUAUGUGUGUGUGUUUGUGGAUUAUUACAACAAGUUAAAUACUAAAAGAUUUAAAUGAUUUUUACUAUUUAUGUGAAUCAACAACAAAAACAACAACAACAACAUCAUCAUUAAUUUUCUUUUUUUUUUUCUCUCUACUUCUUUGACUACGAUUCAAUUUGAUUUGAUUCGAUUUAAAUCAUUGUGGAAUCUAUUGAAACUAACUAUUCAAAAUUUUUAAAUACAUACAACAACAGACCACAAACACAGCAAUAACAACAAUAAAAGAAUUAAGGAUUAUUUUAAAACCAAAAUUAAUCUUCUAAAAACGGCAUCGAACGAAUUUUUAUGUUAAUUAUAUUGGAUUGCUUUUUAAAAACAAUAAAGCGAUCAAAUUAUUGGUGGAUACAAGAAAUAAACAUCUAUAUAAUUGAUCAAAAUCUUCUUAAGUAAUUGAAGAGUACGAAUUCUAAAGCUCUGUUAAGAGGAUGAGGAAAACUGAUGAUCCCCGGAGAAGAUAUCGAGGGGAUUGAGGUUUUAAACAUAAUUACUUAAACGCUACAUGGAUCGCAGAAAUGGCGGCGAUCCCUUGGCGCCUCCCCGGCCCCCUAAAUUGUUACCUAAAGUCCAUCGUCCUAGAGCUCCCGAGCCGGAGAUGAUGAGCGCAGUGUCUCAAACAACUUCACAGACAACACCAGUAGCAACAGCAUCAGUAGCAGCAACAGCAACAGCAGGCGUAGCAGUAACAAACGUAGUGAACACACCUCAAUGUACAAACCAAUCAGAUUUAAGUAGAAAUAAUAAUUUGAAUCAGCCGCAUCAUUUAAGUAGUAUUAAUAGCACAUCCUCGUUGUGGUCCUCUUCAGUGGCGAAUUCAGCGUCAACAAUUCCAACGACAACGACGAGUCCACCAGCAACGGUACCCUUAGUUGCCAACAACAUUAGAUACAAUAGGGUCAGUUAUAAUAAUAAUCAUAUUGGAAACAUUGAUGUUGUUACCCAACAGCCCACACAGUUUGACGAUUAUCAAAUACAUCAUUUAACUUUCUUACCACAAAGACCCUGUAAUCUAAGCCGAAACAACAGUCACGUUAGCUCAUCAUCGUCCUCAUCUUCGGUAACAGUUUCGAAUAGUUUUACGAGACGUCGACCUCCACCGCCAACACCUGGAAGCGCUGGUUCGGCAGUACCACUACUUACUAUUAGUGGCAACAAUAACAACAAUAACAAUUUCCUUAAUCAUUUCCAUAGUGCAGAACCGGUACCAACAUCUCCCGUCACACUGGCGCAACCGCGACCCGAAUCCGAACGGCUCGCCAAUGAGUAUGUGGACACUCCAUUGCGAACGGCCCAACAGCUGCAGAAUGCGACACGAAUGCAACAUCCGGCCGGUCAACAUGACAACGGUCAGACGACGACGCAUCACCUGCUGUUGUUGCCGCAGCGUGAACUUCGUCAACAGCAGCAACAACAGAGCCAAAACCAUCAGCACUUACAUCGACUUGCCGGAACUGCUGGUUCAGCGAACGCAACGAUGGGUAUUGAUGGCACUGACGGUCUUUUACAUUCGCAGCACCACCACCACAACAUCCACAAUCACCAAACCCAUCAUCAACUUCAUAAUCCCAAAGCGUCAACAAAACCUGCAACGGUGACGGAGAAGCUAUCUCCGAAACCAGAAACGAGGGGAUUUCUAACGCCUGGUAUACAGCCCAUAAAUCAACCUAUCACCAAACAACCCGCCUUAUCAAACACCGACAACGCUUGCAAGUUUGCGAAGGAACUACCCGCUCUCGACGAGUUACUCGACAUACACAGCAUUGCAACCGGUAUAUCAACGCCGCAGGGCAUGGUCUCCGCUGUCAAUGGAGCCAGUCCUUUGGGUACACCCAUUGUCAUUGGUAGCAGCGAUGCCCCGUCAUCACUCAAUCCAAUCACUUGCCCACGCUGUGAUCGCUGCCGUUGUGAACAAUGUCAGAGUCCAAGACCGCUGCCCCAAACAUGGGUCUGCAACAAGACCUGUCUUUGCAGUGCUGAGUCCAUAAUAGACUAUGCAUCCUGUUUAUGCUGUGCUAAAGCGCUUUUCUACCAUUGUGCCCGCGACAACGACAUGGACUGUGACGAUAGUUCCGGCACACCAUGUGUUGAUAACCCCUGUUCGUGUGGUCCCUACAAACGCACUCAAAGAUGGGGUUGGUUGGGCGCUCUAUCUCUCGUCCUACCAUGCCUGUGGUGUUAUUGGCCUAUGCGAGGUUGUGUGGCAAUGUGUGAGAAAUGCUAUGGCAAAUUUGCGAAGCGAGGUUGUCGCUGUCAACAAAUUGGUUCCACAUCCAGCAUGUUUCCCAUUACAUCAGCCUCUAAUGGCGCAAACAUUGUCGUUCUAAGCAAUGGUACUGGUCUGCAAAGCAACACAAACGGCACAACCAAAUCAUCAGCAACAAGCGGUAAUCACCAUCAUAUUCACCACAAUGACUGCAGUACUACAAGUAGAAUCCUGCGCAAAGGCGACCUAACACCAGAAAAAAGAUUACUAGACUCCAGUCCCGAGUAUUAGAACAAUGUCUGAAAUUCUGCUAAAAAUCUAUAGUAAAAUUUGUGUGCCUGGAGGAGUGUAAGCCGAAGUUCACACAUUUCAAAGGUGGUGUUUUGAAGAUUUUUUUAAGUGCGAAAAGUUAAAAAAACAAAUUAUGUUAAAAAUUCAAAGCAUUUAUGAUGUAAAUAAUGUACAUGUUUAUAUAUUAAUUAAUAAUAAAGUAAAAUAAAUUUAAUUAAAGACAAAACUAAAUUAACUCAAAAUAAUGUAUGUAUUUAGAUAAAAUCUCACGCUACUACAACUUUCAAUUAUUAUUAUUUCAAAAAUAAUAAUAAUGAGCAAAAUAACUAAUGCGUCUAAAAAAAAGAAGAUAAAAGAAAUAAUGUAAUAAAUUAUUCUAAUUGUAAUUGUAAUGUAUUAACAAACCAACAACUUAAGUAAUAAUAAUAAUGAUCUAUCUAACGGAAUGUAUCUAUAAGAUGGACCGUUUAGAUUUAGAUUUUGAAGAUGUUUUGCCAUUUUGUUAACAUUUUUCAAUAAGUGUUUUUAACUGAAAAUGGCCAAGUAGAAAACAUACAAAUUAAAUACCAAAUUCUCUUUUUAAAACUUCAACACCACCAACAACAACAUUUACAUACAUACAUAAAUACAUACAUACUUACAUGCAUACAAACAUAAAAACACAUACACAAAACGAUUAAGAUAAAUACCAAUACAUAUUAAUUAAAAAUAAAUUAAAAAUAAAAACACAAUUAACUAAAACUAAUAAAGAAGAAGAAAAAACAAAAGUACGAAAUUAGCAAGAAAAAUUAAUGUAAAACUAAAAUUAAAAAAAUUAAUAAUGAAAAACAAAAAAAAAACUAAACUGAAACUAAUAUUAUUAUAAUUAUUAUACAUACAAACAAAACAUAUUACAUACUACGAGUAUAAUGUACUACAUACAUACUAUACGAUACUAUCUAUUAGCUAUUUUAUGUAUGAAAGAAAAAAAAUAUUUAAAUGAAAAAAUAUAUAAAAUAAAUUUUAAAAAAUAAUAACCAAAGACUGCAAACAGAUAAUUAUUAAUAAUUAGAAAUGUUUAAAAAAGAAACUAAAAACAAAAUAUAAAUACAUACACAGAUACAUACAUACAAACAAACAAAUAUAGUAAAUGAGGAAAUAAACAAAUCAACAUAGAUACAGAAAUGAUCACACAUGCAUUCACGUUCAAGUUCUAUCGUAUCAAUAUAACAAACAAAUUUUAAA